AUGGGGUGCAGAAAGCAAGAGGAGAUGGAAAUCACUCGAUGUGGCACCUGCUCGACGAUUUCCUUGUUUUUUCACAUUGACAUUGCCCGCUCCACUCCCGGAGAGCACCUGCACGUGGUGGGUUCCCAUGAGCGUUUGGGCGCGUGGGAUCCCGAGCACGCAAUUCGCUUGACAACCAGUGAGCGCGCAUAUCCAGUCUGGCGAUCUCAACAGAUCGAUCUGAGAUGUGAACCAGAAGAGUCCUUUCUAUUGCUGAAAUACAAGUACGUGCUCGAUCGGAGAGAGCUUCAACAGGGCUUUCUUUGGGAAGAGAACAUACCUGACCGAGAGGUGAGGAUCCCUUGGACACCGGGGGCUGAUUUGGGUGUUUGGCUUAUCAGGGAUACUGCUUUCAACAACCAGGGGCCAAGCACCCUUCGGAAGUUAGACCUCAACUCCGUGCGGGUCUCAGCAAUUGGGGGCCUUCUGGCCCUGAUUUUCCGUCCACUGGCUGCCGAUGACUGCGACCUCUCUGGCCUCCAUUUGCUGCAACAACGCCUAGACCUGACCACCACGAGGUCCACUUCGGCGGCAACCUCCGAUCCCCCGACAACCCCCCCGCGGCGGCCGAACCUGCUGCUGAUCGUUUUGGACCAGUGGCGUUGGGACUGGGAUGGACAACAUGAUGAUGUUGGAGUGGCCUUGCCAACGAUCCAAGCGCUGGGGAAUUCAGGUGUGCGCUUCACUCGCGCCUACACCCCAUCGCCCCUCUGUGUUCCGGCGCGGACGGCCAUGGCCGCGGUCAGAGAGUACAAGGCCAUGAGGGUGAAGAACAACUCGCAGAGUUUCGUGAGUGACGAGCCCGGCACGGCUACAUUUAUGUCAGUUUUGCGUGAUGCCGGCUACACGACCAUGUUGGUGGGCAAAGACCACCUGUCCGAUGCAGUGGAGGACCUUUCGGGUGCUGGGCAAGCGAUUGAUAUGCAAGCCUUGGGAUUUGAUUGGUACAUCCGCGCCAAGGACAAGUACUCCUUUUGCUCGGAGACUGGAGGGCCCUUGGAUGCUUAUGGCGCAUACCUGCAAGAGAUGAAAUUGCUUUCCCAACAAUGCGCGGUCUAUGGGGACUUUGCGCGGGGCAGCAGUUGCAAUGCGACCCAGGUUUGUGACAGUACGAGCUUCAAAGAGUGUGGCUUCCGGUGUUCUGUGAACGCCUUGGACCAGAAGCAUUCCGUGGACCGCUGGGUGCGAAGAGAAGCUGAACGACUCUUGAAGACGGUCCACGAGAAGAAUCCAGAGAAGCCAUGGUUCUUGCAGGUGAACUUUUUAGGUCCUCAUCCUCCACUGGUGGCGGAAGAUACCUUACAUCCUCAAAGCCUUCCAGCUGCGAUCGAUGCGCAUUUCGAUCAGACACUGGUCUUCGAUCUGGACGGAACCCCACGCUACGAGCCGCAUCCGUACAAAGAUGCGCUGAACGUGACUGAGACACGGCAGCUGUAUGCUCAGCAUUUGAUUCGAAUCGACAAGGAGAGUCUUGGAGAGCGUCAGAUGAUGGUCGGGAUCGGAGCCUUGCUCACGACGCUGCACGACCUCGCGCCCGACGCCGUGGUCGUGGUGACGGGCGACCAUGGCGAACACUUGGGCGACCACGGACACUUCGCGAAGGCGAGUCCCUGGGAGCCCUCGAUCCAUGUGCCGCUGAUCAUCGCCGGGGCGACCAUUGCGCCCCACGUGGAAGAGCAUCCGGUCUCGCUGAUUGACGUUCCCAGGACGCUGCUGGACCUCGCGGCCGUGCGCCCAGCGCCCAGCAUGCAGGGCUACUCCCUGGCGCCGGCCCUCGAGCGGAACGGCAAAGCGCUGCUCCAGCGGCCUGCGGUGAUGAGCGGAUUAAACUACCUGGAGGAAUUCACCCUGGACGCAGCUGGGUCUCCCAUCAGCCUGGGACGGAAGCACUUCGACUCGGCUGCUGCGCUGCUCGAGGGCAGCUUCUUGAAGCUGGUCUGUUGCCCCAGCGGAUGCCGGAAGCAGGGUCGCUUGGUACCCGACCAGUUCUCACCACAAGUGGCCUUGAUGAACGUCACGUCAAGUGGCCCGGAGUUCGUGGCCCGGAUGGGCUUUGAGUACGAUUUGCUGAGCGCGGCAAAGAAGUCGCCCCCAGCCAUUUGGGCAGCUGCUCGAUGGUUAGCCCACUUCCUGGGGGAUGAGUUUCGGGAGGUUUGCCUCCCGCUCUUGCAGCGAUCUUGA